AUGGGUGUUAUAGCUGAGAACCACGUCUCAAAAGUAAGAACAGUCAUCGAAAAGAGUACUAGUUUCGGCUCAGAGAUCAGAAAGAAAUGCGCUUCUCGAGUAGAAACCGAAACUUUCUUGCGCUUGAGG